CUAAAUAACUCCAGCAAUCACAGUCUAAAGUUGGUAAACAGCAGCACAAGCUGGCUGACCUCAUGGUGCAAGCUUCACCAGUGAAAGGGACGAGCCAGAGUGCGGAACGACAGUGAUAUUCGCGAAUACAGGUGGUGCGAAGGAGACCCAUCAUGGCGGGGGACAUGAUGAUGCUGAUGCGGGGCCUGACCAAGCUGAGCCAGGCGGUGGUGGAGACGCAGGCCAGCAUGCUGCGCAGCGGCGGCGCCCAGAGCUUCGCCCAGGGCAUGCAGAUGACCGCCGAACAGGGCAUGGGAGCGGCCAUGCAGAAGAUGCAGGAAUUUAGUGGUCCACAGCAGAGCAUGUCCGAGUUUGAGUCCGAAAUGGGCGAGGAGUACAACUUCACUGGCACAGAAGAGGGCAUGGAAGGUUCCGGUCACCACGCGGGCUCGAUGGCAGCGGACGACGCAGGGGCCCGGUCGUACAGCCACGCGGCGGCGCCGGGCGCAAAGUCCAACCUGUUCGAGGGCUACAAGGACCCCAGCAGACAGUUCUCCGGCCAGGUCCGCUCCUACCACCAGAUCCGCUGCUACCACCAGGACCACUCGUCCGUGGGCGGCCUGACCGCCGAGGACAUCCAGAAGGCCAGAGAGGCCAAGCGCAACGAGGGGAAGCCCCAUAAGCAGAUGCUCAGCGAGAGGGCCAGGGAGCGCAAAGUGCCUGUCACCCGGUUAGGAAGGCUGGCCAAUUUUGGAGGCCUUGCUGUUGGUCUGGGUUUUGGAGCCUUGGCUGAGGUGGCCAAGAAAAGUUUGGGUGGACAAAAUGAUGACAAAAAUGGGAACAAGAAGUCGGUGCUGGAGUCCAGUCCGUUCUUAUCGGAGGCCAACGCAGAGCGCAUCGUGCGGACCCUGUGCAAGGUGCGCGGAGCCGCGCUCAAGCUCGGCCAGAUGCUCAGCAUCCAGGAUGAUGCCUUCAUAAACCCACAGCUGGCUAAGAUCUUCGAGCGUGUUCGCCAGAGUGCUGACUUCAUGCCCAUCAAACAAAUGACGAAAGCCCUUAACAGCGACCUUGGGCCCAACUGGAGGGAUAAGCUGGAGUCAUUUGAAGAUCGGCCCUUCGCCGCGGCCUCCAUUGGCCAGGUGCACUUGGCCAGGCUGAAGGACGGCCGAGAGGUGGCCAUGAAGAUCCAGUACCCUGGGGUGGCACAGAGCAUCAACAGUGAUGUGAAUAACCUGAUGGCUGUUCUCAGUAUGAGCAACGCUCUACCUGAAGGAUUGUUCCCGGAGCACUUGAUCGAUGUUAUGAGACGUGAGCUGGCACUGGAGUGCGAUUACAUAAGGGAGGCCAAAUGUGCCAAAAAAUUCAAGGAGCUGCUGAAGGAUCACCCCUUCUUCUACGUGCCUGACGUGGUGGACGAGCUGAGUAGCCGACUGGUGCUGACCACAGAGCUGGUCCCCGGCUUCCCGCUCGACCAGGCCCAGGAACUCUCUCAGGACCUGAAGGACGAGAUUUGUGAAAACAUCUUGAACCUCUGUCUACGUGAGCUCUUUGAGUGGAGGUAUAUGCAGACGGAUCCUAACUGGUCAAACUUCUUCUAUGAUCCGCAGACACACAGGGUUGCGUUAUUGGACUUUGGUGCAACGAGAGGCUUUGAAAAGAGUUUCACUGACACAUAUAUUGAGAUCAUCAAGGCUGCAGCCGAUGGGAACAGAGAGGGCGUGUUGAAGAAGUCCAUAGAUAUGAAGUUCCUGACCGGUUACGAGUCUAAGUCCAUGGAGAACGCUCACGUCGACGCGGUGAUGAUCCUGGGCGAGGCCUUCGCCUCGCAGGAGCCGUUCAACUUUGGCGCGCAGAGCACCACCGAGCGCAUCCACAACCUGAUCCCGGUGAUGCUGAAGCAGCGGCUGACCCCGCCGCCCGAGGAGACCUACUCUCUGCACCGCAAGAUGGGGGGCUCCUUCCUCAUCUGCUCGCGCCUCGACGCCAAGCUGAGCUGCAAGAACAUGUUCGACAAGGCCUACAGAGACUACUGGGGAUCGAAGGGACCAAGCCAGUGACCGUCACUGGCGGACGACGGAGAAGGUUGCCACGGAAGUCGAGCGAUCGGCGUGACGCUUGAGCGUGAGCGCAUCGCACCCCAGGAGGGAAGGCUGGUUCGGGAACUCGUUCUGUGAAGCGGGAAGUUGGACCCACGUCAAAGGGGGUGGGUUGGGAAUUGAAUGUAUAGAGAUGGCACUUUCUUGUUUCUUUUUUUUUGUUUGUUUGUUUCGUUUGUUUAGCUUUUCUUUUGUUCUUUUCUUUUCCUUUCCUUGGCUCCCUAAAGCAUUAUCUUUUUUUUGUUGUUGUUUUAUCUUUUGUGUGUGUGUGUUUGUGUGCAUUUUGCGCGUUGUUGGGGAGCAGCGCAUUAUUCUCUGUGGUACAAGUACAACGUUUUCGCACCUUGUCAUGGGAUCGGACAAAGUGCUUUAAUGAAAACGUUUUGCAAAAUUGCAUUUUGGAAUCCACGUGCCUACAUAGAAAAGGUCACAAGUCCACGUAGAGUAACGGAGUUGAUUAAUUGCAGUGUGGGAGUAUUUUAACACUUUUGAGUAGUUUGAAUCCCCAUACAUAUCAUAAUGGACCUCAAGCUGUUUUUUUUUUCUCUUCAGCUUUUUCUUCUUUAGCCAUAGUUUGGAUAUCUUGUGAGGACAACAAAAGCAGCUUGUUUGACUCGUAUUAUUAUCAUGGGAAGGGCAGUAUUUUCCUAUUUUUUUUUUUCCGUAUUUACUGAAAUCUGCGCACAAGAAGGUGUUUGUAGGGGUAAUGGCCAAGUUCUCCAUGGAGGAAGAGCGGAAGAGAGAGAAUGGCACAGUUACGCAUGAAACGCACACUCUCCCUUUUAAGCUUUAGUGAGUGCAGCCUCUUUUUUCUGUGCUGAAAGGGACUCUGUUGUUACUGCGCUUUCUCUCUAAGUAUUGGAAAGGGAAGGGAAAAAGAUGGUGCGGGAGGGAGUCAGGGGAUCUUUUCUUCCAAGGCCUGACUUCCUUUUUUAAACAACCCUCGUUGAUGAUGUUAAUAUAGACAGAUAUGCAAAGAUAUGUGUAUCCCAUGGUUGUCAAUUGUGUCUCCAGCCGGUGAAAGAUCACCCUCAUGUUCAUCAGAGUACGAUAGACCUCCUUCAGGUUUUUUUGUUUGUUUGUUUGUUUUAUGAAAUUGUUAUGUGAUGAGAAACACUACUGUACCAAGAUUCAGCAACCAAUGUGCUGGUUUUGUGUGUUUGAUUUAUGUAACCAAUGAGUAACUUCUUUGUUAGUAGUCAUGAAAUGUAACAACAUAGGGUAAAAAGAAACUGGUUGUUGAAUUUUCCUCUCUUAUUUUUAAGGUGAGAUUUAAAAAAAAGAAAAGAAAAAAAGCGAAUGUGCCUGCAGCAGUUCUAGGACAUUUCUCCCUAGAAAAUCAAGUAUUGGUCAUAAUGACUUAAAUACACAAAAGAAAAAUUGUGGGCAAGAAUGGUUUUUAAUUUUCAUACUGCGUCAAUGUCAUUCUUACAAAGCAUUGAGAGGAAUGAUAUUAAACCUUUGCAUUGAAA